CUUGAACAAUUAGUUGUUAUCGACCAACCUUGAUUCAUUUCGUGUUGUUUCAUUCGUGAGGUCGUGCUGUACUUCACGCUAGCGACGUGACAUAACCUUAUCACGACAGCAUUCACAGGAACCACAGUAUGGCAGUUUCGGUAUAUUUGUAGAUAUUGUUGAAGGCUGUUUUUUUUUUGAGGUUAUCUCGCAGUGAACGGCACGGCACAAUAGCCAUAAUAAUAAACGAUGAACUCUUCCAAUCGUAUCCGUACAAUGUGGCCCGAAAGUUUGUUCUACGUUUGUUCUCUACUUUUGAUUUAUAUUUCGACCGUUGCCGGCGAGAUCGAACUACGUUACAAUGAAAAAGCCCAAUUAAUCGCGACGACAACGAGAAGAGAAGAAUUUAUGUCAGAAAAGCCAGAGGACAAACUGGGUUUUUUGCAUGCAUUUAUAGCAUCUUUAUCAGUAAUUGUAGUAUCAGAAUUGGGUGAUAAAACUUUCUUCAUUGCUGCUAUUAUGGCAAUGAAGCAUCCAAGAUUGACAGUGUUUGCUGGAGCAAUUAGUGCACUUGCAUUAAUGACUAUUCUAUCAGUGGUGUUUGGAUAUGCAGCUACUAUAAUACCUCGCGCCUACACUUAUUAUAUUUCCACUUUACUCUUUGCCUUGUUUGGAUUAAAAAUGCUACGAGAUGGAUAUUAUAUGUCACCAACAGAGGCACAGGAAGAGUUAGAGGAAGUUCAAUCAGAUUUAAGGAAAAGAGAAGACGAAUAUGAAAAGGAGACAGCGAGUACUUUGGUUCAAGAUCCUGAAACUGGUGUUAUACGAAAAACUAAAUCUAGCGCAUUCAUGCUGCUCUCCAGAAUAUUUCUUCAAGCAUUCAGCCUAACUUUCCUUGCGGAGUGGGGAGAUCGCUCACAACUAACGACUAUAAUCCUUGCAGCGAGAGAGGAUGUUUAUGGAGUUAUAUUAGGUGGAAUAUUAGGCCAUUCCUUUUGUACAGGAUUAGCAGUAUUAGGAGGACGUAUAAUAGCACAGAGAAUUUCAGUGAGGACAGUGACCAUUAUUGGAGGAUUCGUGUUCCUGCUAUUCGCUCUCACGGCGCUCUUCGUCAACCCUGUAGAAGAUACCUGAACGUCACCUCCGCGAGAGUCCCUUCAUUACCCGAAUACUUCGGCAGUAUAUCUGCAUUACCUCGUGAACGCUAAAUUGUAUAUAUUGUGGAUAUUGUGUAUAUUUGUAUAAUAUGAUUCUAUCCCACAGUAUAUAUGUAACAUUAUGUUUAGUUGGCGUUAGCCGUUUUCUGCGAGAACUACCUUUUUAAUGUUGAUAAGUAGGUAGAUAUAUGAAGUAGAUAUAUGAGAAAAAAGAAAGUACUCUCGAGAAAAUCUAUCGUUAUGUUGCGCUUUAUAUGUCGCGGGAAAACAAUAUAUCUGAAUGAGUUUUAAAUUAUUUAAACGCAUACGAUAGCAAUCAAUAUAUCCAUGCGUCGUUUAGUAUAGAAAUUCUUGAGAUACGAUAUCAUCUUGCCGAAUUUGUACCUAAUUCAUUGUCCGAGAUAUAUUAUCCAGGUGUACUUCAUAUGCGAAUAGCUUUAUCAUUGAUAAAAUAUUUAUAUAUGCUGUCUGUAAGAUACUAGAAA